AGCGACGUCACGAAUGGAGUUGAGCUUUACUUGUCGGCAAGAGACAUGGAUCCGGUUCGAAAUGCUAAAGAAUUAUUUCCGAGAUGAAAAAUAAAAGCUGCCCUCCGAUUCCUGAGACACUAGACUUUCUCAUCCAGAGUUAGAAGAACUCUUGCGCGCGACACAAGAGCGCGGAAAACAUGUCGUAUGCUUACGUUCCUCACGGGAAGCAAGGGUUCGUGAACGGGUGGGAGCGCGGCGAUCCUGUUCUCGUUCGCACCGACAACGUAGCGGAUUUGCAAUGGGGCACACCAACAGCACCGUGGCUGGAAACCGAGGAGGAGUGGUUCGCAUACAACGAGAGGGGGGAGAUCCCGGCCGAGACCGCGACACGACUCGCCGAGUUUCACGCUUGGAAGGCCGAGUACGACGAGUACAACCGGGCGGUGAAAGAAAAUGAUACCGCAGUCCUCGAGAAGUUCAAGAUGGCGGAGUACGAACGCCAGGAGGCGGAGAUCGCACGGAUCCGCGAAGAGGCGAUCAAGGAGCGGGAAGAGCAAGACCGAGCGAAGCGCGAGGAGCGGCGACGCUUGCAGGAGGAACGCGAGCGCGAACUCGAGCGCGAGAAGGAGGAACGGAAACUCGUGCGGGCCGCAAACAUGUUCGACGCCUUCGGAGCGGAGGGAGCGAAGGAAGAGCCCCGUGCCGGGCGGGAUCGCGAGGAGCGGAGGAGCCCGCGCCGCAGCGGGGGUCGGCGCGGACGCCGCCACGAUUCUCCCGACACGGACGACGCCUCGAUGGACGAACGGGAGAACCCGAUGCGGAUCAGGUACUUCAGAAGAGUGGACAAUCUGUACAAGGGGGAAAAAAUGCACGAGGAAAAGUACAAGCUGCUCUACGAACGGAUCAAGAAAGGUUACAGUGCGAAAAAGUACCGGGGUAGAGAAGUGGAAUUCAUCCACCCGCGCAAGGAGAGCAAGAAGCCCCUUCCCGGCGAGGAUGCCAGACCGUUUCGGAAGGAGUUCAGUUCCAUCGACCGGCUCGAGCACGUCAAGACGGCGGUCCAGCUGUUUCACACGAGCAGGUACAAGAAACGAUUUUUGGAAGACUACCUUCAGAAAGACGCCGUGGCCGAGUUUCCGAAACCGAACAUGGAGUUUUUUCUUCCCUACAAUCAGGACGUGCUCAAAAAGGACGUCUACUUCGACUGCGCGUCCACUCUCGCCGCUUUCGAAGACGCAUUGCACACGAAAACCUGCGGCAUGAGCCUUGGCGGCGGGCACACGCAGGCCGCACCGCACGGCGGCGACCAGUACUGCGUCGUCAAUGACAUCGCCAUUUCCCUCCAAGUUCUUCGCGCGAAAGGGAUGCUGAAGAAAGGCGCUCUAGUGAUGGAUUUCACAUCGCAUCGCCCGAACGGGCUGAACAACUUUUUUCCCCCCCUCUACAAAACCACGGUGCGGGGCGGCGUCCUCGGUGUUUACGAGCCGGAAUUCGCCGUCGACAAGGAGAACGAUGUGCUCCGCUUUAUCCAGCCGCACAACCGGUUUGGUCUCGAGGACGGCGACGUGUUGGACCAUUUGUACCACCACAAACUGAACAAGGCAAAAGUGGGGCGGAUCAACCGGCCGGUCCCUGACUACGAGUGCGCCCCGGAGUUCUGGAGUGCGGUCGUGGAGGAGGAUCCGGAAUUUUCCCCCUUUUUCGAACGGAUUCCCCACCCGUACGUGAAAACAGUUUCUCUACACGCGCCCUCCGACGCGUUCGAGCACCGCAGGAGAAGCUUCAUGGACAAUGAACUUUCCAUGAACGCCAAGGACGAGGAGUACCUGGAAAUGGUGAAGCAAACACUGCAAGACGUCGAAGAAUACUACGGCGCGAAGGAGUACCUGUCUGACACCUUCGAUCUCGUCGUUUACGUCGCCGGCGCAGAUCCGCACAAGUCCUCCGUCCCCUCCAUCAGCAGCUUAGACGUGAGUAAAGAAGCGUUGCGGCAGCGAGACCGGUGGGUGUUCAAGUUCUGCGAGGAAGCGUUUCUCCCAACGGCGGCGGUUUUGGCGGGCGGAUACAGCGCGAAUGUGAAGGACGUGGUGGACAUCCACUACAAUACGUUCAAAGAGAUGUUUAAUACGUUCUACGACAAGAAGGUUCCCGUCCCGAUCGUGUUACCUCGAGACGACAACUUCCGACUCGACCCCAGCAGUGCCGCGGAGGACACCAGCAACGACGCGGUGAUCCCCAGUCUGAAGGAGUUGGAAGGAAAUGAAAAAAGAGCUUCGUCGUUCGAAGCCUUUCUCGCAGCAGAGGAGGGCACAUCGAAGUCUUCCGGGGAUGAACAGAGUAAGGGCGACGCGGACCUGAGGCUCGACGUCGGCGAAGUAGCGGGCGCUGCCGGGGGAAACCAAACUGCUUGGGACGGCGGAAACUACUGGGACGUUGACGACACUGGGGGUCCAGGGCAAGCAGCGGAGCCGGAAUCCUUUUUGGACCUUUACGCGUCAGAACUGGCAAGCAGCGGCGAAGAUCACAAGGGGGGAACGCCAGGUGCUGGCGAGGGGUGGGACACACCAUUGUAGAAAAACAUUUUUUCAUUAGCGACAAUAAGUCUGAUGAUCUUUGCGUAAUUACUGGAAUGGUUCUGGAAGACAUCUUGAAACAGAUGCGUGCUCGUUUGAUAGAUAAAUCCGAGAUGAGCUUCGGAUAAAGAACGACCGCGACAGAACAAGGACAACGAGCCAAGAGCAACUCGCUCCCCGAUCUGAAGUUGUCUCUGUGCAGACUCUAUAUGUCUGCAUGUAUGUGCUUAUCUAGAGAAAGAAUUAUGAACUUCGGAUAUUUGAUGAAGAAUGG